AGCCGCCACUUCCUCUCUCUCUCUCACUCCCUGUCCGACGCCGCAGUGCCUCGCUCUCCGAUCUCCAUUCCCGCCUUCUCGGCACUCCGCCGCCAGCCGCCAAAUCCCUAGAAAGUCGCCUAUUUCAAUCCUCAGUCCUCUCUCAAUUACUCGUCAACAGGUUGGCAUUAUCAUCGGCAAGCUAAGCCCUAAUUCUGAUCGAGGCCUUGUGUACGAUCUGAUCCCAACUCCUCUCACCGACGGUGGAUCUCCCGCUUGCGCUCUCAAAUCUGUACCUGCUACCAGAGAGGACAAGAAGAAGGGAUCCAGAGGCGGGAAAUCUUCGAACGAGUCGCCGCCUUCGAUCGAAAUUGACAGCAAUUGGGUCGCUGAGCACGCUAGCAAUUGGAUCGAAAUUGAUUGAGAUCAGAUCUAAGUAAAGGGGAGCAAAGAGAUUGAGCUUGAUGUCGCAGAGGAGAGCCGCGGCCGUUUCUGGUCGGCCAUCGGGAACUGAUGGCUCCGAUUUCUCCUACAGAAUGGUUGUUGAUUCCAGAUACACAAAAGUUGCUAAGGGCAAGUUGAGACUGAAAGCUCUGAUUGCUGCUCAAGCUUUCAGUCAAGUGAUAGGUUGUUCAUGGCUUCUAUUAUCUGCAUCAGAAGAGAUGGGGUUUAACAGAUUUGCCAUUAUAUCAAGUUCUAUUGGAUUCAUUUCUGUUUUAAUUGGAGAAUUAGGUCGUAGGCACAGUCGAGGGAUUUUGUUGAGACUCUACACCAUCAUAUCGUGUAUUGCAACUGCGUUUUCAGUUGCAUGUGUUGUCAGAACUGAUUCGUUUGUCAAGGCUAUACAAUAUAAGAACGCCUCAGCCUUGGCAAAUUAUGAACUAGUCGAGGUCGUGCGCGUUUUGCUUGGUGUGAUGUUACAAAUAUUUGUUAUUGUCACAACUAACACUCUUGUGCAAAACAUGUCUCCUCCCAAAAGGGCUUCUUGAGCUGAAAUACCAAUGGUACAUUGACUUCAUUACAAUCUGAUGGGGUUCUUGUUCCGAGUAUUGUUACUGACAACUGCUACCGUACUAUGUCUUUUGGCCUUCAAGGUUUCAAUUUUCAAAGAAUUCAUUUUCAGGAUUAGUUUUGAAAUUUUAGAUUGGAAGUAUGCCUUUGUAUACUACUGUCAAUCUGUGUUCACCUCACUUGGUAUUGAACUGUGGUAUUUAUCCAUCAAGAGCCUGCUUUGUUGUUUGCACCAGUUUAAUCUUGGCUAAAAUGCAUAUAUAUCAUUAAAAUCA